GCCGCCCGCCUUACAAAAUGCGCGCGCGCUUGGGCGGCCACCUCUCUGCCGUUUAAUUUUAUUUUUUAUUUUUUAAUGAAUACUUCUCUUAUAUAAUCAACUUCUUUAUACUAUUUAUUUGUUUUUAUUAUACAUUUCUGUGUUAUGCAUAAACAAUAGUGAUUAAAACGUGAAACAGUGUUGAAAAUAGUUUAUUGAAUUCUAAACAUUGCUGCAUAAAAUGUGAUUCGCGUGCCGGCUUACAGUGUCUAGACCUAUCGAGUGAUUUAUACAAACUGCGCUUUCAUUUGUUGUAAUAUAUUUAUUCCCAAUAUUAUAAACAGAUGCAUCAAUGAGAGAUACAUUCCAUAGGGCUCAGCCCAUCCCGCUGACGGACACGUGCGUUUAUUUUCAUGUAUAAAUAGCCGAGGCGAGACACUCUGAUACACGAUGACGUCACCAAAAGAAAGUAGUGACGUCAUCAAUAUUAAAGAAGAAAAGGUGAAGAUUCCGAAAGAUUUAACCGAGCUUCCUCCGCCUGGUACGUCUUUACACAGAAGGCGGAGAGGUGAACCUCCCGCAACACUUUCCGUGAAAUCGCCCCAAACCCCGUCUGACGCUGAGGGUAAUUCGCCUUGCACAGCCGGUCCAAGUCCUGAAGAAUCUUGGGGCACGACUGAUGAAACCGACGUGGAAGGGCUCUGCGAUCGAAUGCUACAAAGACUAAAGGACAGCGACGAUCCCCUUUCGAAACGCAGCAUCGACAUCGCGCAACGUACAAAAGAUACGUGUGAAGCAUUGGACCAACUGGAAAAGCUUCUGCAACUGCUAGACCAAUUCGUCACAUUGAAAGAGAAAAAUAACCGUUUUAUAAAACGUUUGCGCGACGUUAACAAUCUGAAGCAGCUACACAACGCGUACAAGCAAAUAAAUAAAGAAAACGAGAAACUUAAAGACGAAAGUAAAGAAGUAGAACUUAUUAACGAGGCGUUAGAGUCUGAAUUGGAGUGUGAUUAUGGCCAAGCCCUGUUUGAUUCGAUGCUGGCCGGUGGACGGAGCAUGAAACGUUCUGGGUCUAAGUGGAAGAGUCACGGGAGGUUCGGAGGGUCGCUGCUGAGAAAACAGAGGUCUCGAUCGGCUGGGGGGGAGGACAGUGAUGUGCCUUUGGGAAUGCCGCUACGCAGGAGGUCAGAUGGUGUCUUCCCUAAGGAAGUUGAGAAGUCCAAGGUGUCAAAUUGGACGAGGGUGAAAGCUGCUUUUAAAUGGGAGAAAGCACAAUGGCCUGCGUCCACAAUUGGAGGGGUGGCAGCCGUAGCCGCUGGGGCCAUGGUGGGAGCUGUAGCGCUCACUGGGUCUACACCAUCAUCAGGCCUCGCCAACCCCGAGCCCAGGGACUCUGCCAGUCUCACCCCGGGCAGUGCUGUCUCCUUGACACCUAAUUCUUCUUGUGAAGAGUUGCGACUGGAUUCUGGUAUGUGCAGAAAGAACGUGAUGCUACGGAUGUAUGAUCACGACAAUACAUUCCUGCAGGCGCCUGCACAAGAUGACAGUUCAACCUCGCCAUCGCCGAACAAGAUGCACAAAAGCACUUGGGGUAAGGUCUGCAACAUAAUCCAGACGCGGCGUGAGUCAGUGAAAAAGAAGCGGCCUCCCAAGGGCUCGCCGGACGUGGUGCCGGGCCGGAGGAGGUCCUUCAGCGACGGGGGGGAUAGUGACGCGCCCCCCGCAUUGACAUUAACUAUACCGUCUUCUGAAGAACUUGAAUCCGAGGGUUCCCACCCAAUCCUCCGCAAGCAAAGAUCUCUGGAGCUCGGCGCCAGACCCCCACAGCACCGGCCCCCUCGCGACUCCAAGUGGACGAGAGUCAAGCGAGCUUUCCUCACUUCAGCAUCAGCUUCCGUGCCAUCGAGCCCUAGCAGGCACUCCGCAUUCUUUACAGAUGCAGAAACAGAAGGGCUGAGCAGUGGAUGCGAAGCAACUGGAGUCAGGGAAGAAAUUGCAAGAAAUUACGCGGCGCUCCAGUCGCGUCUCACUAGAGAGUUCUCUGACCGACACCCGGGGAAGACUGUGGACACACGAGGGGCUCGACCGGUAGCAACAGAGGAUCAGCUUUCAGCAGAUUUCCACAAAAAGCUAACAGAAUGGCAACGUAUGAAGGGCGCGAGACAACCCCCUCCUAUCCCAGCAAGACAGGACCUUAGCGAGGACUUUCUAAAAAAAUGGGAUGCUUGGACUCGUAUGAAAGAAACGAAUUCAGUUCCUGCUUGGGAGGAAGAAGCCAAACCAGAUGAAGUUUUGGUUCAAACGUCCACCGGGCUCUUUAAAUUUCAAGGUAUAUCGCGUUCAUUUACGCGAAAGCUCCACGAAUGGGAGAAGUCAAGGGGCAUCGCGCCCGAAGCGUCCACUUCAGCGUUACUACAAGCUGCGCGCGCGCGUGCCCCACCGCCGCCCGCGCUCACCCGCACGCAGAGCGACGGCAGUGUGGGCCCGGCGCUCGCGGGCGCCGGACGCGUACACGCGAGCAGCUUGAGUGUGAACGAUGCGGAUGAUUUGGAUUCCGAUUAUGAGAGAGACAAUUUGCUCAGCAGCGAGAGCGGGCGCGGGGCCGUGCUGGUGGAGGUGGAAGCGGAGGAGGUGUGCACGGCGGCGCCGCUGGUGGCCGUGUCGCCGCGCGCGGCGCCGCACACGCCCGUCUACACGUACGGGCCGGCCGAGCCGCGCCUGCUCUGCGAGACCGCCGCGCUCACCACCGCGCUGCUGCAGGCUGACGUGAUUUCAGAUCCUCGACCAAUCAAAUCGAAGGAGCAAUGUGGAACAAAAAGUAAAAGUAGCCGCGAACAGAUAAAAAUAACUGAAAAAUCAUCAAGACGAAGAAUUUCUAGACAGACAAGUAUCGAAGAAGACGCCAAAUUUAUUCGGCAGACAAUAGAAGAAAUAGAAAGAGGGUCUCGUUGUAAAGAAAGUGUUAGUUCUGAAACCGAAAAACAUGAUUAUUAUGAAAAAGAAGAAGCGAUAAGUAAAAGCAUAAGUGUGAAAAAUCUCAAACAAUUUGAGGCCAAAGAUAUUAAAAUGAAUAAAGAUUGCAGUGAUGAUACUAGAGAAGAUAAACGUAAAGAAUUAGAUAAGAGCAAUGGUAAAAAGAAAUCAAAGUCGAGAGCUCGCUUGGAAAGAGAACAAUCGAAACCUUCCGAAAGUGAUACGGAACCAGAAGUGGACACGGUGACGGUUGAAAUACCACGGCGCAAGAAAAGACCACGUCGGCCUUCCGAAAGACCAAGAACUCCACCAACGUCACUUCAUUCCGAUUCAGAAGGUGAAGUCUUUGUUCUGAAAAUUAAAACCCAAGAAGUCCGUGAAAAAUCACCAGAAGUAAUAGUUAAGACCACACGAAAAAUAUUCUCCCCCGUCGUGCGCAGCGGCGAAACCAUACCCAGAGCAGUUAUACCCGUUGAUGUAGAAGACUUACCAGAAGUACAAGCAACUGAAAAGCCUGUUAAAAAACCUGAUCAUGAAUCAAAGAUAUCAUUGCAGUCUAGAGGAUCUGCAAAAGGUUCAGGUGAUCUGCAAGACGAUGAAAGGCCAAAAACAAGACCGCCUCUUCCGUCCUCACCCUCAUCUCAAAGGAAACCUCCUUCGAAAGAGACUGCGCCGUCGAUCAGGAUCAUGAUACAGAGAUAUAACAAGAAGAUUAAUGAGGAAGGGCCAGCUUCAGGUGGUAGUAGUGGUAACACCUCUCCAGCCUGGAGAUCUCCGAAAUCUGAACGAAGGCGACCACCAGAUAUGCCUGUAGGCGUUAAUAUAAGAAACAACCCAUUCCUAGAGCGAGAAGUCCAAAAAUCGGCAAGCGCAUGCCAAUUAUCAAGACGAGAUCAGACAUCCGCAGACAAAUGUCUCGCACCGACACCACCAGCCACAGAAGGAGUCCUUAAAUCCCACAGCGCUAACACCCUACACCCUGAACAAGAAGCACCAGACCCCGUUACCACUAAAGACAGCCAAGAAAACAUCAGAGAGACUUCACCCAUUGUGGAAACAAGUGUCCCUAAAUCUGAGGAACCAGUAUUACGCCAAUCAGAAACAGUGAUUCCAGAUUUUUCUAGAAUUAUUGAGAAUCCUUUGUACUUUGCUCGGUCGAUUUCAGCGUUUGAAGAGAGCUCGGUCACGACAAGGUUGUCAGAAAGAGCGGCAAAGAUACGAGAAGCCAGAGAGAGAUUCUUGUCCUCACCGCCGCCUAUGAGGAGAGAAGGGACCAGCUCCGCAAGCGAUUUGAGACCAGGUGACAGGUCAAGUCGCGUAAGUUGCGAGAGUGAUGUCACUGAGGGCGAGGCGAGUGCGGAGGCAGCGCUCGGGCGCAGCGCCUCCACCGGCAUGGUCAACGUCGAUCGGGACUCCUGGCAGAGGGUCGCUGAAGCAUCCCAACACUCGCGGCGCCGCUCCCGGUUCAGCCUGGCGCGGCUCGCGGCCAAGCUGCGCCGCAAGGAGGAGAGCGCGGUGUCGCGCCUCUGCCGACAGAGUCUGCUUGUUCAGUUGCGGAAACAAUAAACAUUUCAUAGUU